GGACCAUCCAUAUAGUUCCUUCCGACACAUUUUUGUUUUGGUAAUGUAAUACAUUGUGAUUGUCCUUAUUCACGGGAAUCGGGCGUUUCCAGUGAUAUACGACACUUAAAUGGAUUGUCCUCAUGCAUUCACUUUGGAAACGCAUUUUACGUCCUGUUAAUGGGGCACGUCAUCAUCGCGUACAUUUGGGAAAAACUCCCUAACGAGACCGGAGCAGACAGCUGAAAGUAGUUUAUUUAUUGGCCGCUAGGGUUCAGAAUGUCGCUCACCCGAAUUUUUCACGCAACUAUAGCUAAAUAGAGCUAGUUCUAGUUUGUGAUUCAUUUUGAUACUUCAGAUUUGGGCAGUAGACCAAUAUAACUUAGUCGUCAGUGUGGUUUUAAGCAGGGAAAACGUAUUUGUUUUUCUUAAAGUGCCUUUUUUGGACGGGUGUGUGCGAUUGUUUUGUUUAUGUCACGUGACCUCGACAUGUCGACACAAAAUUGAUAUAAAACCACCCUUUUCUGUCAUUAUUUAUGACGGAUAUUUCUCUAAUAAAAAUAUCAAUAUAAUUGGCCAAUUUCUUAGGCAUAUGUAGCGAAUUCUCAUGAAGAUUUAAAUUAGAUGUUCUCGUAACCUGUUACAACUGGUCUGAUUUAUAAUUCAGCGCUACAACUGGUCUGAUUUAUUUAUUCAGCGCCAUUUUGAAAAACCAAAAAAAAUUGUUUGUUGGAUAUACAAUAUUUACUCUCUUUAUUUCACUUCAUUUACAUUAUAUACUCCCGCACACACGUGUAUCUUAAGAGCCCCUCCUAAAGGGGGUCUUAUAAUUUGCUUGCCAAAAGAUUUAAAUCAAGUAGGCCUACGUAUACAAUUCUGGUAUGUGAUUUACCGCUACAAAACCGGAACAAGAAUUGCUAAGGAGGAGAAAGAUAAAUAUUUUGGAAAAUUAUCCGAUUUUUUUCCCAUCUUCAAAGGGUUUUCGAGUUUAAAAAAACGUUGACGAUCUAGGACAAUUAUGGCUGCUCUCAUGGAACUGGAUCCUAUAUUUGUGAAAGCUUUAAAGCUUCUACAUUCCAAAGCAAAGGAUUCUGCUGCUCAACUCAAACAGAUGGUUGAUGAUUCUAUCACACAGAAGAAAGGCCGGAGUCGAGACAACAGCCCUAAACCGAGUCUGAUAACAACGAAGUCGUCUUAUGGACAGUCGGGAGCUAAACCCGACUUCGAUGAAAUCAGGAAACGGGAGAUUGAAAAAAGAAACUUUGAAAAGGUAAACAAGGACUUAUCAGACCUGGUGCAGCCGCCUGAGCCAAAGAAGCCAAAGUUGGAGCCAAAGCCAAAUGUUGACAUAAAAAAGGAGGUCCAGGAGCACAAAGUUAAAACAUAUAAAGACAAAGAUCCGCCAAGGGACAAGUUCGAAGAAAAAUAUGAGAAGAAGGUCAAGACGGAACCGGUUAAACCUGAGCCGAAGCCGGAGAGGAAAAGGAUUAUUGUACCGGAGGAUGACUCUUCAAGUAGUGAUGAUCUCGGGAUGGAUGCGGACGACUUCGCUGUUGAUAUGGGUAUAGCCUGUGUGGUUUGUCGCCAAUUUGACAGUUCGGCGGCCAACCAACUUGUUGAGUGCCAGGAGUGCCACAGUCUGUACCACCAGCAGUGCCACAAACCAAAUGUAUCGAGCCAGGACGUCAAUGAUCCAAGAUUUGUCUGGUAUUGCUCGAAAUGCCAGAAAAAUAUGAAGAAAAUAGUGACCACAAAGUCACAGAAGACGAAGCCAGUUACACCCUCGCCUAGUUCUGCUGGAAGCUUCCUCUUCCCUAAAGAUAGUGGCACAAAGUCGACGUCAUCAUUGAGCAGCAAACCUUCACCAACAGAGACACCAUUCCAAGCAUUUAAAAGACUAGCUGAGGCCAAGGCAGCAGGAUCGAGCAGUUCUGGAGGUUCCAAGCCGUUUGUAGGGCUGGCGGGGCUCGCAGCAAAUCUCUCAGGAAAGACGUCCGAGUCAUCAAAAUCUUCAAAAAUUGCAGACACUAAAUCAUCUAAAUCAUUUGAGAGUUUAAAGUACACUUCAAAAUCAUCUGACUCAUUGAAAACAAAGCAAUCAGAAUCUAAAUUAUCAAAAAGUUCAAGCAGUGGGGGCAUAAGUGUAAAAAGUAGUUCCAGCACUGGACUUGCUAAGUUGGCAAGUUCUGUGACAAGCUCGAGUAGUUCUGGUGGAAGUAAAUCUGGUAGCGUUUCAUCUUCGGGUUCGGGUUCGGCCAAGUCUAGCGCUAGCCAGUUGUCACGAAGUAAUAGCGGUGGUGCUAGUCAGGCAAUGGCUGCCGAGAAGAAGCUACAAAUGAUGAAGAAAAAGGCGGCAGCAAAAUUACAGGAGAGGCGCAAAUGAGGAUAUCAAGGAGGCUAGGGCAUCAGUAGAACCUCAUAUCAAUGACACCUGAUUCCGGAAGUAAAACUGAAUGGAAAAUACCAUUUUAAGUCCCAAGUCAGUGCCCUUUAUAGUGAGGGAGGCGUCUGCUGAAGGAGGUUUGUAGCUAGUUGAAAUAAUGGACUGUAUUUUCACUCUUUUUGUAAGAAACUGGCUGUGAUCACCAAAUGCCAUUUAACAUGACCAAUGGUCAAUUAGGAUGUCUAUUGAUCACUUUACUUGUACUCCUAAUUAUCUGUAAUACUUUCUUGUAAUAAACUGGCAUUGGUACAA